UUUAAUCUAUGCAACUUUCAAAGAGAAAAAAAGUUGCAAGUGGAAAUAUUAAAAAUAUUUCCUUCUUAGCCUCGCAUCUUGUCAUACAUCUUCUAAUAGUUUGGGCGCGAACACGCAUGCGCAAUGUGAACUCUGUUAAUGGCGGGUAACUUCAAUAUCGUUUGAAUGUCUCUCUAAGCAUUUGAAUUAAGUGUUGUUGAUUUGGUCAUUGAAGAAUCCAGUUGACAUUGCAGUACUUUGCAUGGGCCUAAGGCAGUUAGAAUUCUUUUAUUGCUGAAUCAUUUCAAGAUAUGGGUCGGAAGAAAGAAACACCGGUCACACAAAAGUUGAAAACUCUGAAGGGAUCACCCGACAUUGUUCUGGAUGCAGAUAGUCCCAAAACAGAGAAACCUCAAGUUGUAAAGCGUAGUAGUAGGAUUCGCAAAAUUCAGUCAAAUAUUUCUGAGAUAACUCAAAACAAGACAACCAAAGCGAGUUCUACAAUGGCCAUUUUAAAUACAGACAUGCCCAAGGAAGUUACUUCUGAAUUAUCCCCCAAAAUGUUUUACAGUAAGAGAAGGUCAAGUAGAUCUGUUAAAUCUGUUGGUAAGGGUGAUAGCACAUCAUCUAAUGUUCCAAGCCGUGUAACUCAGGCUAAGAAGACAAUUCCUUUGAAUGAAAAUGAUGAAGAUUUGAAGGAAACUGAUGAUGCUGUGGCUGGAAUUUCUCCCAAGUCAUUCUAUAGCAGAUCUAGGAAGUGCUCACAAGUACAGCCUGUGCCUAAGGAUCUUAGUAAGAAAUUGAAGCUAACAGAAAAACCCCUUGGCUCAAGGCGUUCAAGUACCAAACAGCAGGUUGGUGAACAGGUAGCAGAACAAAUUCUUAAUGAACUUAGCAACAAUUCCAAAGAUAAAAAAUUGUUUCCUGUUGCUGAAGUUUUAGAAUCGGUUGUGAACGACGAUUGUGCCAUCAGCAAAAGUGUGGCUUCAAAACAAACUAGAGUUAGCAGAAUAAAGAAUAACAGUUCUAAAGUCCCUGAUGACAUUGCAUCAACGAAAAAAGCCCCUGAAAUGACUGUUAGAAAGUCUCUCAGAACUUCAACAAAUACUCAAAUACAAACCAGCUCUAAAGCCCCAGUAUCAAGAAGAAAAAAUUCUGGUUUAACAAUUGCUGAAAUUGUUGCUGAGGUGUCUACUGAAGGGGCCAGUGGAUUAAAAUCAUCCAGUUCUAACAUAAAGACUGAUUCUUCUACUUCAUCAGUCAACAGCAGUGAUGCUGUGGAGAAAGGGAAACCAAAUCUAGGUGGUUCUCUGAACACUGCUUCUGCUGAGAAAAAAUUACAAGGAAACCAGAAAAUGUCUACUGAAAGUUCUAACUGUACUUCAAAGAAUACAAAAAGGAAAACCACAAAGAAAUCCUUGUCGAAAAAAGCAUCUGGUUCUGCUGAAAGUGACUGGGACAAAUCUCUUCUACUUGUGACCGAUGAAUUGGACUCCAGUAAAAAUGUAUAUGACUUUGAAGAAUUUCAAGUGGGAUCAUCAAAAGGUUCAGGUAGAAAAUCUACUUCCCGACGAAAUACUUACAGUGGACUCCAAAGUUCAAUGGACAAAAAAUUAUCUGUGAAGAAAAUAGCAGCAAUAAAAGCUGUUUUCAAUGACAAAAAGAAAAAAGUUUCCACAGGCUCAAAUAAGGCAAAAGUGAAUAAAACCACUAAGACAGUACAACCAAGCAAAAAAAACCUUGGUAAGCAUAUUGCUGUAAAUAAAGCUGUUCCAGUAAAUGGAAACUGGGAUCAAAGUGAGAAAUGCAAAGUUCCUGUGGUUGAUAAAAUGUCUGUCACACCUGAAGACCAGCUACUUAAUGGGGCUGUCAGUUUUAGGGAAAUAGAGAAAGAAAAGUCAAAGAAACACCUAGAAAAUAAAAUUGUAUCAAAAAUUAACCCUAGUUCAAAUCGGCAGGGUGCUAUGACUGUUACUGCUGAAUCAGGUUCUAUUUGGCCUGGCUUAAAUGUGGUACCAACAAAGUAUACGCAGUUGAAACGGUCACCAAUGGAGGGACCACCACGAAAGGUGCAGCAAACAGUGUUGCCCAAAUGUCUACCUCCCGCUUUAAAAAACACUGCUUCUGAAUAUUCUGAUAAGAAAAUUGGUGCUAAGAAGCCCCAGUUUCCUGGAUCAAGUUCCAGUAAAAAGCAGAUUGUUGAGUGUGAUAAUCUUGGAUUGAUUUUAAACAAUCCUCCACCUGUUGGAGACACUAACAACCACAUUGAUCUUUUCACCUAUCCUGUACCUAUCACUAAAAAGAAAAAAGUAAAGACUGAUCAAAGUGGAAAGUUAAAAGAGAACAAGGAAACUCCUUCGAAGGGUUUCAUGGACUUCUUGUAUGCUGGCAGUGUGAAACGUUAUUUGAAACCUUUGAAGCAACCAGUUCCUGAAAAGCCAGACACAUCUCCUCCAGCGCUCAUGUUGCCAAAAUUUCUCACUACAGACACCUCAACGCCAAAUACAUCUUUGGUCACUGACAAUGUACCUGCUGCAAAGGAUUUUGGAACAAAGUCUUUUUGUAUUUCGCCUGUUAAAGAUUUUCAGUCACCUGCAUCAAUGCGCACAUAUGCUCAUGUCUCCCGGCGCAGUAGUUUACAAUCUCUCUUCACAUCACGCACAAAUGGAGGUCAUUGUAUUGAUGGAGAUAGUAUAUUGCAAGAAAAGAAAAAUUGCAAGUCAAAAGUAAAGAAUAAAGGAACCAGUCCGAAAGAAUGGAGAAAUGGAAAAGUGGGCUGAACGCAUGAGCAAUGAAUUUGAUGAAAUUGAGAACUUUGAGCUAAGUAUUGAGGAAUAAGCAAAGCCUUAUAUAGUAUUGUAACUGGAUUUUUAGUUUAUACAUAUACAUGCUUAUACAAACGUACAUUUAUACAUAUGUAUAUAUAAGGCAAACAUAAAAUUCUGUUCCAUUUUGCUGUUAUGAAACUGUUCUCUAAGUUGA